AUGUGCUACCUGAAGCAUGAAUGGACGACAACUAGCUACCCAAUGAAGACUGCUGCGGAGGUCUAUGUGUUAUCUUUGGAAGUGUUCCGUCAUGUCGAUCAAGCAGACAUCAAACAAUUAAGUUAUAGAAGAAGUGAAGCAGAUUGCUUCAUCGCUUACGUGCUUCUACAUACGAUGACCCAAAUGUCAGUGUUCAUAACGAACUCAUUGGCUGAAGACGCAACCGGUCAUACUGCAUUCCCCUAA